AUGUCCACCUUCACAAUCCCCAACCACUCCAACCUAACCGUCACCACAACCCCCGACCUUUCCCAAGAUGACCUCCUCCAAUUCCCCGCGUUCAAGAUCUGGCUGUCAACCGUACAGCGCUCGCUAGAAAGACAGCAGAACCCCAAGCAUGAAUUCCACAAGGACCCAUAUGUCCUCAGAAAGAUCGACAUCCAAUCGGUGGAUAAAUUCAAGGGGGGACGGCUGGGCUUUGUGAAGUUCCGGGCGGAUGUGUCGAACUCGCAAGGGGAGGGUCUUCCGGGGAGUGUGUUUUUAAGGGGUGGGAGUGUUGGGAUACUACUCAUCCUCCAACCCGACGACGUCCCCCCAUUCAACGAAGACGAAAAACGCGCAAUCGUAACAAUCCAACCCCGCAUCCCAGCCGGCUCCCUCGCCUUCUCCGAAAUCCCUGCCGGAAUGCUCGACGACAGCGGAACAUUCGCUGGAGCCGCAGCGAAGGAAAUUGAAGAAGAGACGGGACUGUCAAUACCGCAGAAUGAGCUUGUGGAUAUGACCUCGCUUGCACUGCAGACUAUGCAUGAACCGCAGGAUGGAGAAGCUUUACAGAGAGCGGUUUAUCCUUCUGCGGGCGGGAGUGAUGAGUUUAUUCCGCUGUUUUUGUGUCAGAAGAGGAUGUCGCGGCAUAAUAUCGAGGGGUUGCAGGGUCGGUUGAUGGGUUUAAGACAGGAUGGGGAGAAGAUUACGUUGAAGGUUGUGCCUUUGAAGGAUUUGUGGAAGGAGGGAGUGCGGGAUGGGAAGACUUUGGCUGCGUGGGCGCUUUACAAGGGCCUUUCUGAAGAGGGACGGAUUUGA